GUUUUAGAUUUUGAUUUCGAGAAAUUUUGCUCUGUCUCUCUUUCGAACUUGAAUGUUUAUGCAUGUUUGGUCUGUGGGAAGUAUUAUCAAGGAAGAGGGCAGAAAUCUCAUGCAUAUACUCAUAGCCUUGAAGCAGGGCACCAUGUUUACAUCAAUCUGCGAACAGAGAAAGUUUAUUGCCUUCCUGAUGGAUAUGAAAUUAAUGACCCAUCUUUAGAUGGCAUUCGACAUGUUUUGAACCCAAGGUUUAAUAGGGAACAGGUUGAAGAGCUUGAUAGAAACAAACAAUGGUCUAGGGCACUUGAUGGUUCUGACUAUCUUCCUGGAAUGGUGGGUUUGAAUAACAUUAAGGAGACUGAUUUUGUGAACGUCACAAUUCAAUCUUUAAUGCGAGUUACUCCCUUGAGGAACUUCUUCCUUAUCCCUGAAAACUAUCGACACAGCAAAUCUCCACUUGUUCAUCGAUUUGGAGAACUCACAAGAAAGAUUUGGCAUGCACGGAACUUCAAGGGACAGGUGAGCCCACAUGAGUUUCUUCAGGCAGUAAUGAAAGCCAGUAAAAAGCGUUUUCGAAUAGGUGUGCAGUCUGACCCAGUUGAAUUUAUGUCGUGGCUUCUUAAUACACUUCAUGCAGAUCUACGAAGUUCAAAGCGAAGUAGCAGCAUCAUUCACCAGUGCUUUCAGGGCGAAUUGGAGGUUGUAAAAGAGAUUCAUAGCAGAUCUUUCGCUGAGAAGAGAGAAAAUGGCGAUGAACAGAAUAAUAGCAGUGCUGCAGAUGGUGGAACUGAGCAGAAUAAUGUUGUUGCAGAAACUAGCAGAAUGCCAUUCUUAAUGCUUGGACUAGAUUUGCCGCCACCGCCUCUUUUCAAAGAUGUGAUGGAGAAAAAUAUAAUUCCACAGGUUCCACUUUUCAACAUACUGAAGAAGUUUGAUGGUGAGUCUGUCACAGAAGUUGUGCGUCCUCGUAUUGCAAGGAUGAGAUAUCGUGUUACCAGACUGCCACAGUAUCUAAUUCUCCACAUGCGGCGGUUUACAAAGAACAAUUUCUUUGUGGAAAAAAAUCCUACUCUUGUUAAUUUCCCUGUGAAGAAUUUGGAGCUGAAAGAUUACAUUCCUUUGCCAACACCCAAAGAGAACGAGAAAUUGCGUUCAAAAUAUGAUUUGAUUGCAAAUAUUGUUCAUGAUGGCAAGCCAGGUGAAGGAUCCUACAGGGUAUUUGUACAGCGGAAAUCAGAAGAGCUAUGGUAUGAGAUGCAGGAUCUGCACGUGUCAGAAACUCUUCCUCAGAUGGUUGCCCUCUCCGAAGCUUAUAUGCAGAUAUAUGAGCAGCACAAAUGAGAAAAAAAGAAAUUGAGUACCUUACGGAAUGGCAGAUUUGGAAAGCUUGGAAGGCCAUGGCGGAAAUCUGAGUAAGCUCAGAACUAUAAAUUUUGAAAAGUGCAGUUUAUUAGUCCUCAUCCUUGUAUAACAUGAAACUGCCUUUUUUUUAUGGAAAUAUAUAUUUGUACUUGUAUUGCCUUUGGGGAUUAAACCAUCAGCUGCUAUGGGAAUAACAUUGCCUUGUGAACUCAAUUUCAAUUUUGUACUUGAUAGUGUAUGUACCAAAUUGUUAAAAUGAUUAAUUGCAGGAGUUCCUCUUGAAUUGCAAUUCAAA